GUCAUAAAGUAAUAAAUGCGUUGCCCCCUCACAGCUUUCCAUAAAAAGGGGAAGCUGGUCACAGCUAGCAGAGGAUCUGCCUUUCAACACGAAUCUACAGUUAGUUGUGAGGUUUCAGAAUGUACGGUCACAAUCAAGGAAACCAGUGUCCAGGUGGCUACCCUGCCAACCCUCAGGUGCCUGGGGGCUACCCCAACAAUCCUCAGAUGUACCCUCCACCUCAGUCAAACUGCCCUCCCAUUCACGGAAACCCUGCAUAUCCCCCUGCACCUGGUCAUGGUCAUGGGCAAUGCCAUGGACAUGGUCAUGGCCACGGACAUGAUCAUGGCCACGGACAUGGGCACUCGCAUGGCCAUGAACAAUGCCAUGGACACGGACACAAGGACAAGCAUAAGAAAAAGGACAAGGACAAGCACAAGCACAAAAAUGGACACAAACAUGGCAAGUGUCAUAAGAAAGGAAAAGACACCCAUGGGUCUUCCAGCAGCUCCUGCAGCAGCAGUGAUUCUGACUAGAUGAACUCUCGGACUGAACAGAAGAGGACCACUGAUGACCAAAAACCCUGGAACCUCUACUGCUCGACAUACUCAACAUAAUGAGCAAAAGUUAUCAUGUUGAUUCUAAAUGCUGAAACAAUCAGUCAGUUUGUAGUUUUCAAGUCAUGUAAAAGAUAAAAUGUUUAUUUUUUUAACAACAUAGCAGACAGGACCUUUUCUGAAAACUGACAUUCUGAUGUAGAACAAUAAAUAUCUUAUAUGUUGUAGUUUUGAAAUUUCCUCCAUAACUUUAAAAAAAUAAUAAAAGUGAUUCAUCUGUUCUACAAGAAAA